GCUUAUAGCGCUUUGGUUUGGCUUUGGUACCACGAUUGGAAGAGACGACAAACUCAUGACCAUUUGCUGCAGCCUGUCGUGAGUUUCGAUAUCGGUCCUUUCGUCUUGUUAUGGAACGUUUUACCCAGCUGGACAUCAUUGAACCAUUUCAAGCUCUCCCACAAUGAUAUGGAUACCCCUGGUGGCGCAACAACCUCUAUUAGCUCCGUCUUCAAACUGCCCUAUGGCGCGAGGGUCUUGGACGUUGAACGUUGAACCCGUUUACAGCAUUUACGGCAGCAUGUGUACCUCCUCAAGAACAUAAGGACAUAACUUCCUCUUCGGGAUCAUCCACGCACAUCACAAGUCGUGUGUUCGCGGCGUCGGCUUGGCAGCAAGCUGAUGGGACUUUAUGGUCAUGGCUUGCUUAUCGUUAUUCUGCGCGUUGCAUAUUGGGACCUGUGAAUAUGUUGUUCAGCGCUUCUUUGUUUCCCCCUUCCCCACCAUUCACCACCGUCGUCCUCGAUGGCACAACGCUCAUUUCUAUACCUCAACAUCGAUUUGGACACACCUGACGCGACGGGUCCUUUGAUAGAAGGAGACUACAAGUGGCCAGAGUCCUCGAUAUCCACUCCUACACCGUUGUCGCCGAAUCGCCGGAAGGACGCCCAGUGGUUUGAGGAGUCGCAGAACGAAGUGCAGGAUACAGGGUUCGGGGUCAGACACACUGGUGCAGACGAGUUCCCUCACAAGUUACUACCCAAAAGCACCGUCAGUGAUACAUUCGAAGCUGCGAGCGCCAAGCCAACGGUGUUCGGGCUGAGCGUCCGAACUCUGCGGUGGUUGUGCCAUCUGUCACACCUGCUCUUGGUCGCUCUUCACCUCAUUUUAGUCGCCGUUCAUGUAUGCCACUUGGAUCACAAUGUCAUCGUGCUCAUAAUCCACUCUUGGCUCCCUGCUGUCGUGAGCGUGUCCCUACAAGCUUUCUAUACGAUAUACGCGACGUUCUUGGUUACGCUGACGCAGCGUCUUGGCCUCCUCCGCGCCCUUCACCGUCGCCAAAAGCUGACAUUCAUCGCAGACGCGUCAACCGCGUGGUCCGGUUUUGGAAGCGCCCUCAUCGGACUCUGGAACAACUUCCGUAUGCCCGCCGGCUUUCUUUCCACUGCCGUUAUCACCGCGUACCUCGCGUGCGUGAUGACGCUGCACGUUGUCAGCAGCAGCGUCAUGUCUCUACAGCCGUUCAACCAGACCACGUACCCGCACAUCCCAUCGCGCAUGGGCUGGCCGAGCUCAUUUGCGAAUCUUUCUCAGGUGACGGACGGGCCGGGAUACAAGGCGGUCGCAGACUGGCAGACGAUUGCGGCUCUGACGCCUGGUGUUGGGAGGCUGGACGAGUAUUCGUCCCAGGGGCUGAGUGGGGCGACGCUGUAUGACACGAUGCAGCUGCCGAACGCGGCGACGGGUGCGGCGCUGGUCAAUGCGACCACCAUUGGGUUUGACUGCGGACUCGUGCCAAGGGCGAACCUUUCGACGGACGUACAAAGCGGGAUACUAAUGCCAGUGUGGAACGGGGUUGCCAUGCCCGGGCAGAAGAAUAUGACUAUCCCUUAUGUUGAUCAAGUACUCUUCAGUCAACCAAUGUCGGCAAUGGCCAUGGCUUAUGGAGUCGAUGUUAUGUAUAUGAUCACUACCUCACUUUCUUCCUCCGACGCUUCUCUUAACAAAACGUUUGGCUUGCCAAUGAACUGGACGUAUCAAAAUGUCCAGGGAAACACGACUACCAAGGCGAUCCAAACUUUCUUCGCCGGAUGCUUCAUGUCCACCACCUCUGGCACUGCAGCAGUGGACGUACAGACUAAUGCGGUGCAGAAUGGGACAAUGAUCACUGGUAACAGUGAUCGCGGACAGAGAGAAUGGGGCGCCCUAGCCAACUGGGAGAGAACACCCAACACGAUGCAUCAGUGGUUCUUAUUGGCUCAGACUCAAUCUCCUUCGUCAAAUACCACGAUCACAAGAGUCGAUGGUAGCACCUUCACGCCAUCGCUCGUUGACUAUUACUUUAUGCAACAGCUGGGCAUUGACGUACCAGAUCUCCUUGAAGAUCUCUUGUGGAAUCAAUACCAGGAUCCACCCAACCCAGCCUUCUCUCUCAGCCUAGCAGACUUCGAGGACACGCUGGCUAGAACAGCUGCCGGAAUGCUAUGGACAGCUGGUCGACUAACUCAGGGUGGAUGGCAGCCCGAGAUAGGGGCUGCGGCAGUGUCACAAGGUGUGCUCGUGUGGCGACUGAACAUCAACCUCCUCCCUCUUCUCUUCGCACUUUUUGCCUCGUCCAUCAUGCUCGGCCUCGCCGUACGCCUGGUGGGCUUGCGAGGUCAUAAUGAUAUUGUCGUCAGCAACGUCGGCAUCCUUGAGACGCUGUGGCUUGCCGAGCGUGAGCCGCCACUUCGCUCGAAGUUCGGAGGCGUGGGCGAGCCGACUGUCGAGAGGUUGAGAGCGGCCGGGAUGUUUGACGUUUGCCUGUCGGACGAGAUUGAGGAGCUUCGCGGGAGUGCCAGGGCGACGUCAGGACAUGAGGCAGCAUUGUAACAAAAGUGCGCAAGGUGUUGAUAUUGUUUCCCUAAACGGGAAUAAGCG